UGGAAGAUAUUGAGGUUUUCUUAUUCCGUACGAUGCUAUGAGGUCUUCAAGAAAUAUAAGCAAUUUUUUUUUUACUAUAACAGCGACGUUUUUUGUUGCGCAGGAGAUUCAAAAACAACAACAAACGGCAAGGACGACGAGAAUGGCGGAGAAGACUCGAAGAGCGACAAAGUUAAGGCAGAGGCUGAUUCUAAAAAGGAGGAGAAUGGCGAAACUCAUGAUGAUGGAAAAGAUGAUGUAAAAUCCAACGACAAAGGUGCAAAGAAACCACCGCCCAAGAAGAAACCGAAGAAAGAGGACACUGAGGAGGAAGAUGAGGAUGAUGAAGAUGAAGAGGAGGAGGAGGACGAGGAGGGCGACGAUGUAGACGAGGAGGAGAAGAAACCAUCUAAAGACAAGGCAAAGAAACCAGUAAAGAAGGCGAAAGAUCCAGAAGACGACGGGGAGGACGAAGAGGGCGACGAAGAGGAGGACGAGGAGGAAGAGGAAGAAGAGGAGGAGGAGGCGCCCAAACCGAAGCCCAAGAAAGAGCCGACAGAACCACCGGUACCGCUGCCGGCCGGCAAGGGCAUACCGCUCGGCCACAUCAGCAACGUGGAGGUGUCGCUGUCGCGGUUCAAGACGCAAGAUCAGAAGCUGCUGCAUCAAUAUCUGUAUGGGCAACUCUGUUUGGAUCGCAACGUGAAACGGAACAAAAAAUUCAAGGGGUACGAAUGGGCGAUCGGAUCAACGGAGUACAAGGCAAAGCUGGACGAGACCACCAAAAUGGAGCUCAAGCAGUUACGCACCAUGUGCGAGAUGCUCGACUUGGAUAAGAAAGGCGGCCCGAGCGAGCUGGCGGCGCGGCUGGUGGGCUUCCUGCAGCAGCCCGCCGCCAACUCGCCGCACGCGCGGGGCGUGGCGCGCGCGCCGCCCGCCACGCCGCCCGCGCCCGGCGGCCGCCCGAGGCGCUCCGCCGCCGUCAAGGUGCACAACCGAGGCUACUCCGAUGAAGAGUAUGAAACUGAUCCAGAAACAAAAGUCAAGGGACCGAAACCUAACAAAGAGGGAUCUGAAGAUUCUGAUGGCUCGUUCAACCCGAGCGGGUCGGAGGAGGCGGACUCGGACUUCGACCCCGAGGCGGGCGAGAGCGGCAGCGGCGGCGUGCGCAAGCGCAAGUCUGGCGGCCGUCGCCGCUCCGCCGGCAAGCAGUCCAAGCGCAGCCGCAAGCCGCGUGGCAAGAAGGGCAAGGGUAAACCGGGCCGAGGGCGGCGGGCGAAGUCAGACAGUGAAGAGGACAGCGACAAAUCUGAGAGUGAAAGCGACGGAGGAGAGUCAGGAAGCGAAGGGGAGGAGUCUGAUGAGCCGAAGGCGAAGCGAGGCCGGCCGAGCGCAGUGGCGAAGGGCCGCAAGGGACCCGUGGCCAAGAACUCCAGCGCUAAAGCCACGCCUGUCAAGCGGAAAGCGCCAACGCCACCAGGCAAGAAAAAGGCCGCACCAAGCAAGGCGGUAGGCAGACCGGCGAAGAAGGGUAAGAAGGCGUCGUCGGAAGAAGAGUCUGGGGAGGGCAGCGAGGAGGAGGAGGAGGAGGGAAGCGAGGAAGAGGACAGCGGCGACGAGUCCGACGCGCCUGCGGACAAGAAGGCCAAGCGGCCGCCCACUGAUGAAGAGAUAAAGAAGUACGUGAAACAGAUUCUCGAGGGCGCCAACCUGGAGCAGAUCACGAUGAAGACAGUGUGCAAACAAGUGUACAGCCACUACCCGGAGUUCGACCUCGCGCACAAGAAGGACUUUAUCAAGGCCACAGUCAAGUCGUGUAUUUAAGAUGUUAGGCGUUAAGGGAGGAGUGUAGAUGUCUACAUAGUAUACCUAUAGUUUAUAAAAGGACAUAGUUAUAUAUUAUUACAAUAAUAAUAUAUUAUGAAUAAAAUAAAAAAUAAACUGAAUCGAAGUGGAACGGAUAAACAACCGCUUUCCUUUAAAAGCUCAUAUCAUCGUGAGCAGUGACCGGUCGGCCGCACCACACAUAGUGAAGUAAGCUACACCAAUGCAGGCCUCGCGGCGGCGCCUCCACGCUAUAUACACUAUACCUGUAUACCGUAUACCGGGGCGUCGUAAUAACGAGGUCCCCGGGCGAUGCAGCGCGGGCCUGCCUCAUUUUAUGUUGUAGGAAUAAUUCCCUCUAGACUAAGGAUAACCAAGUAAACUUAUAGCUAAGGGAUGUUUUAUUUUUACUGUGCCUGUAACACUCGUGUGUCAAUCGAUAUACUUUAUUUUCUUGUUGAGUUUUAUUUAGUUGGGCUCGCAGUCCCCGUGUAAUAGAGUUCACGAUUUAUUUUUGUAUUCAAAUCUUUAGGAGACAUGAUUUAUGUGAAAUGAAUUGUAACAGUAUUUAAUUAAUAUCAAUUGGCAUCUCUUGUAUAAAUUUUAUUGCUUAUUGUUAAUUGGUUUGAGUGGUGUUUUCGGGGAGUAAGCUUAUUUUUUUAACGUAAACGUAGAUUGUAAAAGUUUCGCGCAGUCUGACACUAUCGCAAGGAAUAACAUACUAUUUGGAUAAGAUUGUAGUAAGGUGUACUUUUAAGAACGUGUAAAUACACAGUACUUGCAAUUUUUGGGGCUGUUUUGCAAAAUUACCCUAUUCGGUAUCACGAUAUAUGUAUAUCGAUAAAAUUAUCGAUGAAUUAAAAAUUGUUUGGUAUAAAGUUUUGCGUGAUCCACAGCGCACGGUGUUGACGUUACGCGAAUUAAUAUGUUUAUUUCAUAUAGUGUCCGAUUGACAAAGUUGGUUAUUAAGCAGCUAUUUUAUCGACGGAGUCCGCCGUGCGCUGUGGUCGACGCGAGCUGGUUCCAAAUUGUAAAUUUCGUUUGGAUAAGUUAGCGUAACUCACAGUAUGUAUGUGUUCAAUUGUACGCGGUAGACCUUGGUUCGUCUCAGCAUAUUCAGAUACAGUGCAA